AUGCACGACAUGACGAUUAAGCGCGAACACAACGACGACGAGGGCGCCAGUUCGAAGCGCGUCAAGGUCGAGGCCAACGGAAAUGGCAAUUCCGACAACCCUUACCUGGCGCAUUGGAACGACGAGAAGCCCGUCAAGAGCGAGUAUGGCGGCGGAGAUGCGCUCGCCAGCUUCAAGCGCCACGCAACGACGUGCAAACAGGCGUCGCAGGCCGAAGAUGGACCCAACAACCCCUUCACCGGCCGGCCGCUGUCGAGCAAGUACAUGAGCAUCCUGAAGAAGAGGCGCGACCUGCCAGUGCACCAGCAGAGAGAUGAGUUCCUCAGGCUGUACCAAGAGUCGCAGAUCCUCGUCUUCGUCGGUGAGACGGGUUCCGGAAAGACGACGCAGAUUCCGCAGUUUGUCCUCUUCGACGACCUCCCCAACCAGAACGCAAAGAUGGUCGCGUGUACCCAGCCCCGUCGUGUCGCCGCCAUGUCCGUCGCCCAGCGUGUCGCCGAGGAAAUGGACGUCGAGCUUGGAGAAGAGGUCGGCUACAGCAUCCGUUUCGAGGACAAGACGGGCCCCAACACCAUUCUCAAGUACAUGACCGACGGCAUGUUGCUGCGCGAGGCCAUGAACGACCACAACUUGACCCGCUACAGCACCAUCAUCCUUGACGAGGCUCACGAGCGCACCCUGGCUACCGAUAUCCUCAUGGGUCUUCUUAAAGAGGUUGUGCUGAGGCGCAAGGACCUGAAGCUCAUCAUCAUGAGUGCUACCCUCGACGCCACCAAGUUCCAAAAGUACUUCCACAACGCCCCGCUGCUGGCCGUACCCGGACGAACCCACCCCGUCGAAGUCUUCUACACACCUGCGCCCGAGCGCGACUAUGUCGAGGCUGCCCUGCGCACCGUACUGCAGAUUCACGCCACCGAGCCCGAAGGCGACAUCUUGCUGUUCCUGACUGGAGAGGAGGAGAUUGAGGAUGCGUGCCGGAAGAUCAAUUUGGAAGCGCAAGAUCUGAGCAGAGAGGGUGGUGCCGGUCCGCUCGUCGUAUACCCGUUGUACGGGUCUCUCCCUCCCGCGCAGCAGCAGAAGAUCUUCAACCCUGCGCCACCCCCAGCAACACACGGAGGCCGGCCUGGAAGAAAGUGCAUCGUCUCCACCAACAUUGCGGAGACGUCGCUGACCAUUGACGGUAUCGUCUACGUCGUCGACCCUGGUUUUAGCAAGCAAAAGGUGUACAACCCCCGUAUCCGUGUUGAAUCGCUUCUCGUCUCUCCCAUCUCCAAGGCUUCUGCCCAGCAGCGUGCUGGUCGUGCCGGUCGUACCAGGCCCGGAAAGUGCUUCCGCCUAUACACUGAGACCGCCUUCAAGAAGGAGCUCAUCGAGCAAACAUACCCAGAAAUUCUGCGGUCGAACUUGGCCAGCACGGUCCUCGAGCUGAAGAAGCUUGGUGUCGACGACUUGGUACACUUCGACCUCAUGGACCCUCCAGCUCCCGAGACGCUCAUGCGUGCGCUGGAAGAGCUCAACUACUUGGCCUGUCUGGAUGACGAGGGCGAGCUGACCACGCUUGGUGGACUUGCUUCUGGCUUCCCUCUUGACCCCGCGCUUGCCGUCAUGCUCAUCACCUCGCCCGAGUUCUACUGCUCAAACGAGAUCUUGUCGCUCACCGCGCUAUUGUCAGUCCCUCAGGUCUUUGUGCGACCUGCUGCCAGCCGUAAGCGAGCCGACGAGAUGAAGGAGCUCUUUGCGCAUCCCAAAGGUGACCACCUCACGAUGUUGAACGUGUACCAUGCAUUUAAGGGCGAGGAGGCGCAAGCCAACCCCAAGCAGUGGUGCCACGAUCACUUCCUAUCCUACCGUGCUCUGCAACAAGCCGACAAUGUACGCAUGCAGUUGAAGCGCAUAAUGGAGCGCGAGGAGCUCGAGCUCAUGUCCACGCCGUUUGAGAACAAGAAGUACUAUGAGAAUAUUCAGCGUGCUCUUGUAGCUGGCUUCUUCAUGCAGGUCGCCAAGCGCGACGGCAACGGCAAAGCAUACACGACGGUCAAGGACGAGCAGAAUGUAUUACUGCAUCCGAGCACGGUGCUUGCCGAGGACAGCGAGUGGGUCAUCUACAAUGAGUUUGUCCUGACCACGAAGAAUUAUAUCAGGACAGUCACGUCGGUAAAGCCCGAGUGGUUGUUGGACAUUUCGCCCAACUACUAUGAUCUCUCCCAGUUCAAGAAGGGCGACAUCAAGACGGCGCUGCAGAGAGUCACAACAAAGCUGCAGCGUAAGGAGGCAGAAAAGGGACGCAGGUAGAGAACAAGAACUUCUGUAGGAUAGUGAUCGAACGUGUUCUGGUCAGCUAGUGUAUCACCGGUUGGCAAAAGCAUGGAGUCAUCAUGCCGGCGUUGGUAGACCAUUUGGGCGAGGAGUGCAUAUCGCCGGAGUUGAAGGUUUCGCGAAUGGAUACACGUGUUCAAGUCUAUUGCAUGAUCGAAGCUCAUCUAUUGAAUAACG